UGACAGUUCAAAUGACAUUUCAGUGACAACACGUCGAAAAUGGCUGAUUCGGGACCUAAUAAAAGCGAUAUUGAAGCGGUUUUUCAAAGAUUACGAUCAAUUCCAGCCAACAAAGUAUGUUUUGACUGUAACGCAAAGAACCCUACGUGGUCAUCGGUGACGUACGGUGUAUUCAUCUGCCUGGACUGUUCUGCGGUGCACAGGAGUCUAGGUGUGCAUCUCACCUUCGUACGCUCCACGCAACUCGACACCAACUGGACAUGGAAACAGCUAAGGAACAUGCAACUGGGCGGGAAUGUGAACGCUACGCAAUUCUUCCGCACCCACGGCUUGGUGACGGAUGAUGCUCGUCAGAAGUACAGCUCGCGCGUGGCGCAGUUGUACCGCGACAAAUUGAGUGCCAUGUCUGAACAGGCUAUGAAGACAUAUGGCACUAAGCUGCACUUGGACCCGAUGCCGGCCGAGCCUAAAGAGACAAAGGAACCAGAGGUAGACUGGUUUGCCGAGCAUGGAGACUCAUCCAACACUAACACUAAUGAGCUUGCAGUCACCACACAGGCUGCGAGCGCGCCGCUGAGCUCGGAGGCGCGGCUGUGGGGCUCCGGCGGCGACGCGGGCGACGCGCCCAAGCCCGCCAACAUCGGACGGAAGCCCAUCGGCAAGCGAUCAGGGUUGGGAGGUCGCAAGGGCGGGCUGGGCGCGACGAAAGUGGCCGCCAACUUUGAGGACAUCGAGCGGGAAGCCAUCAUGGCGGAGAAACUCAAGAUGGAGGCCAAAGCCCCGGAGAGCCCGGCGACGCUGCAGCAGGUGGAGCGGGAGGUGUCGUCGCUGCGGCUGGCGUACCGGCCGGGGCCCGCGCCCGCCGACGAGCGGCUCGGCAUCGCCGCCGCCACGCGCGCCAACCGGCACACCACCGGAGUUUCCCACAGCGCGGCCUCGGACAUGACCGUCAUCGAGCAGGAGGGCACGCAGCCGCGCUCGCAAAUGACCGACUUGGACGACUUCAACUCCGUGUUCACUAUGAUCAGGAACGAGCCGUACAGCAGCCGCGGCCUGGACUCGCUGCUGGACGACGGGAACCGGGCAAAGCUGGACUCCUCGUGGGAGCACAUCGAGCCCGAGCCCGCGUACACCACGCACCACAUGUUCAGCCCCAGCAGCGCCCCGCCGCCGAGCGCGCGGCCCGCCGCCCGCGCCGCGCCCGCGGGCGACCCGCAGUCGGCGGUGAGCAAGUUCGGCGCGGCGCGCGCCAUCAGCUCGGCGCAGUUCUUCGGCGACGGCGACCGCCGCGACCAGCACGACGCCAACCUGUCGCGGUUCCAGGGUAGCACGAGCAUUUCAUCAGCGGAUUAUUUCGGAGACAACAACUCGAGGUCCCGGCCGCAGCCCGGCUUCACCGUCUCUGCGCCAGACCUUGACGAGGUCAGGGAGUCAGUACGCCUGGGCGUGACCCGCGUGGCGGGGCGGCUGUCUUCGUUGGCCAACGGCGUCGUCUCGUCUAUACAGGAGCGCUACGGAUACUGAUUGCGACCUGCUCUGAAACCACGUAAACCGAGAAGGAAGAAAUCGUGAACUAGUUGAAUCUGCCUCAAACCGGUUUAAACCGGUUGAAUCUAGUGUGACCUGGUUGAGUUUUAUUGUCAGUGCAAUAGGGUUGAAAGUUUACGUGGACACCAGUUUUUUUGAACAGCUGAAUUAUUUUGUAAACAAUAAAAACUAUAACAUGGAAUUAUUGUAAGAUUUUCAUCAUGUGUCUGGAACCGUUAUCUGAUAUCUUUAAAUGAAAAAUUAAGGAGCCUAUUCUGUCAACGAAUGUUUCGAAGAUGAAAGGCUGAAUAAUGUCGGUGCCGAACUAUUGUAUGGCGGAGCAAACGACUGUCGGAGAACUGUUUCAGACUAUAAUUUCCCCGCUAUGAAAGUGUGAAGAGAAAGUUUUUUUCUUUCUACAACCCGAUUAAUGUCAUAUUCAACUAUUUCUUGUAAGAGCUUCCAUUUGUCUUUUGUCUCCUUUCUACACACGGUUCUAAUGAAUGUCUAUAAGCAUUAUUUUUAAUAUUUUCACUUUUUAAUUUGAUCAACUUUCCUUAAUAAUAAGGUAACUGGAUCAUACUUUUUUUGAUGGAAGGCCCCACUUUUACACAAUUGUAGAGUAGUUGCUUUUUAUAACUAACUAUUGCGCGGGAUUUCACUCCCGUGGGAAUUUCCAGAAAAAUCCAGAAAAAGCAUGUAAGCUUAUGUUAUUCUUAAAGGUCUAUUCUAUCUGUGUACCAAAUUUCAUCAAAAUCGGUUCAGUCCUUUUUGAGUUUAUUCGUUACAAACAUACAAUAAAUACAAAUCUGUUUAUUUUUAGUGUGGUAUGACAUCCUUAAAGCUCUGUAAAUAUAAUUAUAACGAUUAUAAACUAUCAGGGAGUGCGGGGUGUAUCAACUUUACAACGCAAUCGAUAAUAAUAAAAUAACGAAUUUAAUAUCAUCUUGAUCUUUAUGUGCAAUGUAGCUUUUUAUAAUAAAGAUGUUCUUAUGAGUCAACUACCAUACCUUUUCUAGUACCUACACACUUCCAUAUAAUUAUUUCUUAAAUGCUGCUGCAUAUCAUUAAUUUUUUUUCAAUCUUUCUCACAAAAAAGCGUUAUCAAUACAUAUAAUAAAACAGUUCAAAUUUGAUAUUCCACUUCUAUUUGAUAUAGACGAGAUUUCCUUAACCUUGGUUUUGUCUAAAAAUAUUUUUUCUAGAAAUGUGUACUGAAUACUAACAUGACCGCACAUGUAUUAUGUAUAUACUAUAAAUAGGAAUAAAAUUUGACUGUAGGUAGGUGUUAAAGAUCACUGUUUGUAUCAUAUCUGCACGUCACGGUUUCUCCUAAACUGUUUUCUUGGUUUCCCUUCGCUAUCGGUAGAAAUCUAGCAGUAAUUUUAUAUCUACAUAGAGGCCGCCCGCGACUUCGUCCGCAUGGAAACCCUAUCAAUCCCGCGGGAACUCUGGGAUAAAAAGUAGCCUAUGUGUUAUUCUGGGUCUUCAGCUACCUACAUACCAAAUUUCAUGGUAAUCGGUUCAGUAGUUUUUGCGUGAAAGAGUAACAAACAUCCAUACAUCCAUACAAACUUUCGCCUUUAUAAUAGUAGUAGGAUUGUCUUACCGUAUGGUUAGUAAAGGAUGGAUAAAUUGGAAUGAUGUUUUUGCUAAAAAUUGGUCGAAAAAUCGAUGACGCAUGAAUUCUGGUCCAAGUAUUUGUAUGAUAUUAUUUGAGAUUUUUAAUUGAAUCGGUCUCUCGCAUUCCUUAAAAUUUAUUUUGAUUGUAAUAAAACCAUGAGCAUUUUUUUUAGAAAUUUAUUUUAUUUUGUGUAACAUAGUUCGUUAAGGUCACGCUGCUUUGGCGUUUUGCAAAAACAUGGCUCAUUUUGCAUUCGUGCGAAAUGGACGAAAUUCUGUAUCUAAUUAAAUAUAAGUAGAUAUAUUUUAUAGUACUGUUGUAAUGUAAGUGCGCCGCGUUUCUCGCGGUCUUUAUUUAUAGUUAUUUUUUUAAAACGUUGGCAAAAUGCGAAUGGAACCGUCAAACCAUUACCUUAGUAAAUACACCUUAUAUAAAAAAAAAACAAUUAUCAUCAUAGAACUGUACUUGGCUUUUCAGUCUUUUCGAGACUGUUGACUCUGUCUACCCCACAAGGGUUAUAGACGUGAUUAUAUGUAUGUAUGUCAUCCUCUACCUUACUCAGAGCAACUAUCAUCUGACCUCGGAAACCCAAGGCUAGACCAAACAAGCCUAGAUUGAUUGUUAUUCUUUAAGCUUAUAUUUUUUUCGUAAGGCGUCUUUUACGACGUCUACGCAAAGAUUUAGUGUUUCUUUUGUAUUCUGAGGGUAACCACACACUCGAAAAAAGUGAAUGUACGAAUUUUGACAAAAGUGAAAUUAGCAUUUGAAAACGACAAGUUGAUGGCUCCAUUCACCCACGGCCAGCAUUAGUACUCGUGUUUUAUUUAUAUCUUUAGAAAAUUAAUUAGUUAAUUGAUGCCCACCAUGGAACAACUCCGUGGAACAAGUUUGUAUAAAAAUAUUGAUACUGUUAGAUCGUAAUUAAUGAUAUGAAUAUACAAAUUAUAUUUGCA